AUUAAGAUUUAAGAACCCAGUUCCUUUUUCUGCUUUUUCUAUCAUUGUUUCUCCCUGAAAUCUUAAAUUAUUUGGGUUUUGGGCUUACUUUUCAUAUUCUCAUUAAAUUUGCUAUUGUCUCCCAAACGAUUGAUUGGUUUUUUCUUAUUUUGUCUCCUGAUUCAUAUCACAGGUAAUUUUCUAUCCUACCCUUUUGCUUUCUAGACCGAUUUCUUUGUUUUUCACCAGAAAUUUCUGUUCUCUUUGUUAAAUUUGGGUUUUUGGGGUAAAACUCCGAAAAGAUUUUGUGGGUUUCAAUCAAUAGAAAAGCCCACAAUUCCCCCCCACCUUCUCUGGAAAGUUUUCUGCUUUUCAUUGUUUAGGGACUUUGCAUGUUUUUUCAGAUCCUUGAACUGAAUAGUCUAUAAUCUAAUCUAAUCUGAAUUCAGUGUAGAAAGCGGCUAUCCAAGCAAAUCCCAGAUAAAGUUUUGAGUGGCUUUGUAGAUUCACCAUUUUUUUUUUUUUGGUUGGGAAAAGAAACGUCCCAUAAAAGAUGACUAUUGAAAACGUUGUACCGAAGAAGGAAAGGAAGUCUAGGAAUAGCAGCAAAGCAGUGGUGGAUGAGAAAGCCCCUAUGUUGCCCAACAGACAAGAUGAAGUUGUUGGGUUUGAUGAGUUCGAUGGAGCUUCCUUUUCUGGGGCUGUCUUCAACUUAUCCACUACAAUUGUUGGGGCAGGAAUCAUGGCUUUGCCUGCCACCAUGAAGGUUUUGGGUCUCAUCCUUGGUGUUGCUCUCAUCAUCUUCAUGGCCUUCUUGACUGAUGCUUCCAUUGAAUUGCUGCUCCGGUUCAGCCGGGCCGGAAAGACGGUUUCCUAUGGAGGCCUUAUGGGAGAUGCUUUUGGAAAGUAUGGGAAAAUUCUCUUGCAAGUAUGUGUUUUGAUCAACAACAUUGGAGUACUUAUUGUGUAUAUGAUUAUUAUAGGUGAUGUGCUUUCUGGGACUUCUUCAAGUGGAGUUCACCACUCUGGUAUCCUUGAAGGGUGGUUUGGAGAGCACUGGUGGAAUGGGCGUUUCUUUGUGCUUCUUCUCACAACACUUCUUGUAUUUGCUCCAUUGGCGUGCUUUAAGAGAAUUGAUUCUUUGAGGUUCACGUCUGCGUUAUCAGUUGCACUGGCAGUUGUAUUUCUUGUAAUUACCAUUGGAAUUUCAAUUGUUAAGUUGAUUAGUGGAGGAGUUAUGAUGCCGCGAUUGCUACCCGAUGUUACCAAUUUGUCGUCGGCUAUUAAGCUCUUCACAGUAGUCCCUGUUCUGGUCACUGCGUAUAUCUGCCACUAUAAUGUUCACAGCAUUGACAAUGAACUUGAAGAUUCUAAACAGAUAAAGGCAGUUGUCCGCACCGCACUUGGUUUGUGCUCUUCUGUGUACAUAAUGACCAGCAUUUUUGGGUUCCUUCUAUUUGGCGAUGGAACCCUUGAUGAUGUGCUCGCCAACUUCGACACUGAUCUUGGAAUUCCGUACAGUUCCAUUCUCAAUGAUGCUGUUCGUGUUAGCUAUGUUGCCCACCUCAUGCUCGUAUUUCCAAUCGUCUUCUACCCGCUGCGGCUCAACUUGGAUGGUCUCCUCUUCCCCUCAUCAAGGCCCUUGGUCCUGUCCAAUACAAGAUUUGCAUUUGUCACUGUUGGGCUCAUUUCUGUCAUCUUCUUGGGUGCAAACUUCAUUCCCAGCAUCUGGGAUGCUUUCCAAUUCACCGGAGCAACUGCUGCAGUCUGCCUCGGGUUCAUCUUCCCAGCUGCAGUUACUCUCAGGGAUCGGCACAAUAUAGCAACCAAGAAGGACAAGGUGUUGUGUGUAUUCAUGAUUGUCCUUGCUGUGUUCUCAAACCUGGUGGCCAUUUACAGUGAUGCCUAUUCCUUGUUCAAGAAAAAUGCUUCACCGCGUGAGUGAUCUCUCAUUUCACUGCCUUCUACAGAAACCUUGCUGGGAAUUUUGGUUGUUUGAUGGCCGAGUCCUGUGGAUUUUUAAUAGAAAAUCGGAAGUUUUCUAAGAAGGUUCAAUGAGUUGAAUAAGAGGGAUGCUUUGUUCAAUGUGUAAAAGUUGCUCUAGAAAAGUGUAAGAAGUUGUGCCGUGCAGUCGAAAUUCAAUCAUCUUUUCUUCACAUGUUUUUAUAUUGCAAUGUACUUGAAACAUUGUCUUUUAUUGUGUGGAACGGCUUUGUCAGAUGAAAUACAAAUACAUAUCUUAUAUUUGUUUAGCUCU